CGUAAGGGGGAAGUGUCGGACAUCAAACUAACCCGACUCUUAUGGUCUGCGCAGUACCAAUUGGGGCAUGUUCGUGUUGAGAUAUGGACCGAGUGGCACCCAUUGCGUGCCAACGUUUGUGCGGGCGAUGCGGCCCGGCGCCAUGUGAUACAAAUUACAAACCGUCCGCAUUGUUUCUGGAGUGUCGGUUUACGUAAUAGAAUGUACACACAGAUGAAUGCGUCCGCGUGAAUAAUUUAUAAAGUAUUUGUAGAUAUUAGUGUAUAUGUGUUUUAUAUAGGACUGAAGGUUCGGGAUCCAAUGUGGGGCGAGUUAGAAGUAGCUAAAGGAAAGCUGUACUUGUGAGAGUCCUGAGAUGAUAACAAACUGCGUUAAUAUUGUGCCAGUUACGUAGACAGAGUGUUUUAGACCACGCAGUUUCCUAAGUAGAGGAGGAUAUUUAUAGUGAAGUUAAAAUCUCCUCAUUAAGUAGUAUUGACACUGACAAUGGCUGAACAAGCGACUUGUAUUAACGUUCUCUUGGGAAGUAUAACCUUUGCCGUUCUCUUCAGCUAUUGUGCAUGCGCAGAAGGAAACACACAAAACUUCCGGUGCUAUACGGCCAGUAAGCCAUGUACAAGAGGUGUCAAGAUGGCGCGGAUGAAGGAGUGUUUCAAGUACCGCGGUCGGUGCAUGGAGAGGAUCUACCCCGAAAACGUCACUCAGUGCUGUCCUGGUUACGUGGGUAAACACUGUGACAACUACCUCAAAGACGAGUUUUACUUCGCGUCAUCUAUGGCUGGUGAUGACGUAGGCUUCAUCCAACGACGUGCACUUAGGAUUACACAAGACAGACGUGGACCGAAAGGGGAAAAGGGCGAUAUUGGUCCGGAAGGUUUCAUUGGAAUGCCUGGACAGAAAGGCGAUCCCGGGAUGCCGGCGGAGAAGGGCCAGAAAGGAAAACCUGGUAUCUCUAAGAAGGGAGAACGAGGAAGGGAGGGCCGAAAGGGUAAGACCGGACGAAGGGGCAGGAAAGGAGACAUCGGACCCAUGGGCCCAGCAGGAACCCCAUGGUUACCUGGUCUAUCCGGGCCAAGAGGCAUCAGCAAAACAGCAGACUGCAACUGCAGUGAUCUUGUGACGAGGGUAGAGGAUCUAGAGAAUCUCGUGAGAGGGAUUCUAGAUGGAAGAGUGGCCCUUCCGCCAGCUCAUCAACCUCCUCGACGACAGGCACAGGAGUUUCCGACAGCUGAUCGCCUUCAACAAGCUGGUCGUGGAUCUCAGAGGUCGGACAGCGUACUCACCCCAUCGGUCACCACCGAGACCACUACACUCAUUGGAAGGGGUGAGGAAUCUGAAGCGAACAUGACCACGUUACCGUCCGGAGAACUAACCGAAUACCAAACGGAGAGCACAGAAACCCCAACCACAAUACCAGACCAAGAUGUGAUCACAGUUGAAGAAACCGCAGCUGUGUUAACGGCGUCCCCCGAACCUCCUUACAAAUGUAAUCAUUCCUACACUAUUUCAGAUUGUCAUGCCGGAAGUUUGUGUAAAAUGUCCGCCCCGGUAUUUAUCAAGAUUCCGCCCCCACAUCCCAACAACACUGAUCUUUCACGCACGUAUUUGAACAGACUUUCGUGUUGUAGCUCGGAAACUUUAGACUUUGCGUUUCUUUAUUACAAAAAUCAAUAUAUGUUAAAAUGAUAAAAAGUGAUAUUCUUGACAAUACUAAUAUUUUAGUGAAUUCAAUCAUCUGUUUUUGGAAUGUGUGUGCAAUAUCAGUCUAAUUCUGAUAAUCUUUUGAGAACAUGAGUCGGUGGUAUAAAAUAAUCAUCAGGAGCAUCAGGCUAUUUGAACAAACCACAGCACGACAGAAGAAAGUAUGUGUUGAACAUUUGAA